UUGACCGUAUUGUCAUUUCCCGAAUUUUUAUACUGAAUGAUUAAGUAACCACUUGGCGGUGCGAUUUGUCUUUACGUAGGAGUGAUGUUCACAAAAUACAAUAUAAAUUAAGUGAAUGGUUCACAUGUUUGUUUUGAUAAAAUUGUGGUUGUUUAUGGACAUUACUGUGGACUAAAAAGGAGGGGUACAUCAAGAUAAGGCUAAGCGUAAAGCUGUGAGAUACAUUUCCUUGAUCCAAUAAUGAUUUGAACACUUUCGCAGAGCGCGUAAUUGCGCGAAUGGUUGCCGGAGAUGAGGGCGCCGCGGCGCGUGACAAGUCUGUUGCUGCCCUUCGCCCUGCUAUCCCUGCCGCAUGCCUAUGUUGCGAACGUCACUACAUACCGAGAGGAACUGGAGUCGUCUCUCCGCCUCGUGCACGCAGUCGCCACAGGCGCGACUGGUGCACUUUGUGUCACGCACCAUUACGGCCGUCUCCGUGCUCCUAUGCAUGCUUCAAGAUGGGAUACGGCGAGAGCACGAGCGGAUCUCGCCGCAAAUAUUCUACAUCAACUUGGCUUGGAAACCGCUGAAGUCCUCAUGGCAGUUUCACGGGGUUUGGUGAUAGGCGGUAGUGCAUCGGAGCGCGCGGUUGGUGCUCGUGCCAUUGCGUUAAGAAGUGAUGGUGUCGUAAAUAGCACAGUUGCAUGGGAAAGAUACGGAGUAGCUGAACCAGUGGCAGUUGUAUCACCACAGCUUGAAAAACCACCCGACCCUGAAUAUCCCUGGUACGUUUCGGCAGAGGAAAGCGAAUCUUUACGAUCGCCAAAGUUUAUGCCAUCACCCCCUGGUGCGACAAUGGAAGGGUGGUGGACAUACCCUUACUAUAGUUGCGAAGCAAAGCGCUGGCUGUUAUCUUAUACGGUCCCUGUGUCCACAAUUCGAGGAUUAAAGGGAGUUGUUUCUCUAGACAUUGAUAUAUCUAACUUGGAAAUAAAUCAGUGUGAAGUGGAUAGCGAAGAGGAAAAUGAUAAUCAAAUUUAUUCAUUUCACGGAACCCAUAAAUGUCCAAAUGAGACUACAUAUUGCGAAUACAAACCAAAUAGAGAAAUAAGUGUUCGCUACAGUGGUUGGGCGCGCGGAUCCUACAUUUGUAGAUGUCGGCCCGGAUUUUACUCGAUGCAUCACCCCGAGGGGUUCAACGGAUCGUUAGUGGAAAUUGCUUAUCAAGAAUACGAAGAGAACAGCUUAGAGAAUUGGAGCGAACCGUACGAUUGUCUCCAAUGCCAACCAGGGUGUGAGACAUGCAAGGGACCAGAGCCAUGUCUUGCCACAUAUAACUGGCCUUUUCGGAUAUCGCUGUUAGUGAUAUCGGUGAGCUGUGCGGUGAUGACGGUCUUACUUACCAUUUACACACGUCACCAUCGGCGUGUGAAGGUGUUCCGUGUAGCCAGUCCCGUAUUUCUCUCUAUAACACUUCUAGGUUGCGCUAUCAUGUAUAUGGAGAUGGCUGCAAUAUUCCCGGUUUUGGACAGAUACUCCUGCAUCGCAACGAAAUGGACCCGACAUAUGGGCUUCUGUAUUACGUACACUGCUCUACUUAUGAAAACUUGGAGAGUAUCGCUUACGUAUAGAGUUAAAUCAGCACACAAACUGAAAUUAACCGACAAACAGCUGUUACAAUGGAUGGCUCCGAUCCUUCUCAUUAUGUUGGUGUAUCUUGGGACUUGGACGCUAUCCGCACCUCCUGACGCUGAAGUAAUUACAGAUAACAGAGGAUUGAAGUUUAAACAAUGUACAUACAAUUGGUGGGACCACAGUUUAGCUAUAGGAGAAAUUCUGUUCCUUCUUUGGGGCGUUCGAGUGUGUUAUCGAGUAAGACACGCCGAAAGUCUCUACAACGAAGCGAGACUUAUUUCCAUCGCCAUUUACAACAUAUUUACCGUCAAUUCCCUUAUGAUCGCCUUUCACUUGCUGAUUCUCCCACGAGCUGGUCCUGAUAUUAAAUAUUUGCUAGGUUUUAUAAGAACGCAAUUAUCUACUUCAACAACGGUGUUACUAGUUUUUCUGCCCAAGGUUCUACGCGUGGUUCGCGGUACCGGCGACACGUGGGACAGCAGGGCACGUGCUCGUGGCGUGCCCGCUUCUUCUUCCCUUAACGGGAUUGGUCUUGUGCCCGACGAACCACCGGAUCUCUUCCAAGAGAAUGAGGAACUCAAGGAGGAAGUACAGAAGCUAGCUGCGCAGAUUGAGUUCAUGAAGAUCGUACAAAUGGAAAUGCACAACCGACAUUUGCGGCCGCGGCCUGGCGGAUAUUUUACGACAAACGCUGCAAACGUACCCCAGAGUCCAAUGCAUGCAAAGACUGUUAACAUUUCACAAGAAAAUACAGAGUGGUCAGGGCCCGUGUGACUGGUGGCAUUGAGCGACAGCGACUGGUACUGGCCCGGGCCGGCGGGCAGGCGCGUGGUCACCGCCGUCGACGAGCGCCCGCCCGCCUUCGUCUGACGCAGCCCCGCUUUAUGUCAGAAUCUUAGGUAGAGUUAUUUGCUUCGAGAUUGUUGCUUCACGAAUUUAGAAGUUGCCUCUUAGGUCUCUUCUUUUGACUGUUUAUUCAAUGUCAUGGAAACUUGCAAUCCAUUGUAUGAUAUUAAUGAUAAAAUAAUUUUAAAUGAAUUCCCAAAGACAACAUAAGAAUUCGAUCUAGUCAUCAGUGCUUUAUAUAAAAUAUAAUUAGAAUGUUUCUAAUUUAUUAAUCAUAAGUAAA